CAAUAGAACGAGGAGACACACGCUAGUAUCACAAUUGAUUGUUGCGCCUCUCGUGUCUCACACUCGACCACGUUCAUAUCGAGUCGCCUUAGCCUGUAGAGUCAAACCUGCAGCGGAACUUUUCUAUAAAAUUUACUACAGGGGUUGUAUGGAUGCGUUAGCCGCCAGCUGAGCCUCACGACCUCACUCUCCCGAAUCCGCUCUCCGCUUUCCGCCAAUGGCGCGGACGGACGGUCAACUUGCGCUGCUCCACCUGCAACGCGCCAAUCGUCCGCGCAUUGCGCCGAUUCUCCGCGUUGUCGCUACUGGCGCGGCCCCGCUCCCGGCUGUAGCUCUUGCGGCGCAAGGGCAGCUCGCGAAAGGGCAGAUAGCGCAUGCGCAACUUGCGCAAGGGCAGGCGCAAUUAGUCGCGGGGCGUACAGGACCGGUGGCGGCGCCGCAGCAGGCUGCGCCCGCUGGGAAGAGCGCCCCUGCUGCCCCGCCUGGUGUCGCUCCGCCUGCGCCUGCUGCCCCCCCGCCCACUGCUGCUGCCCCGCUCGUAGGCGCAGCCCCGCGCACUGCCUCCGGCGCAGCUGUAGCAGCGGGAGAAACGAAGGCAGCGGCGGAAAAGGGUGCAGGACGCGAAGUCAAACAGGGAGCUGAGGGCUUGAAUAGAGAGGAGGCGCGGGAGGGGGAGAAGGGGAAGGUGAGGGGGAAGGAAGAGGGGGCGGAGGGGGGAGGGGAGCAGGCGGGUGCCGCCACAGCUGCUGGCGCUGCUGGCGGCGAUGGUGAUGGCGGUGCUGGUGGCAGCGGUGGUGGAACAACUGCUGCUGGUGCUGCUGGUGGUGGUAGCGUUGACAGAAUUGGCAUACCAGUAGUGGCAACAAGGGGAAAUGCAGACGCAGACGAGGAGGAUUUAAAGGCUGCACUGCCCACUACAAUCACAGCUACAGUUGCCGCUACAGUAUCUGCGACAGUGACAGCUACAGUGGCAGUGGAUGCGGAACACCCCACAGUGGCAACGGUUGUUCUGGAGCCGGCUAGGCCUCUGCCCCUUAGAGCCCACUCACACCCCAGAGCAGCAGCAGCUGCAGACGCAGCAGCAGCAGCGGCAGCAAGACGAGGGGAAACAGUUGAGAGGGUAGCGCUGGGUGCAGCAGCAGGAGCUGCUGCUGCUGCUGCUGCUGCUGGGAAAGGAGAGGGAGGGGGAGGAGAAGCAGGAGGCAUAGAAGCAGGUGAGAGCAGUAUCAAGCAUGCAGCAGCAGGGGCAGCAGCAGCAGGGGCAGUUAAAGGGGAGGGUGGUGGUGAUCAGAGAGGAGGAGGGAGUGGGGGAAGUGGGAGCCAUGCUGCUGGGAAGCAUCCCAAGAAGCAUUCUAAGUCUUUCAAACUCUCCUCCUCCAAGAAACAUACUCUCAAAAGGUCCUUCCCCCCCAAGCAAGCACCACCUUCCAAACAUGCCGCCCAGUCCAAGCAGUCUGCCGCCCAGACCAAGCAGUCUGCCGCCCAAUCCAAGCAGUCUGCCGGCCAAAAGCGCUUGGGGGCGGGGAAGCAGCCUCUGAGCCCCACGCGGCACUCCGCCAGGCUGGCGCUGAUAUCCCCCGCCCGGAAGAAGGGGCGGUGGGGGGCGGAGUGGGAGGGGGGCGAGGGGGAGGACGGGGAAGGGGGGGACGGGGGGAGGGGGGAAGGGGGGAGGAAGGGGGAAGGGAAGGAGGAGGAACGGGGAAGGAGAGCGGAUGACAGGGAAAGAGAAGGGGGCUUGAAGAGGGACGACGGGAGGAAGGGGAAAGGCUUAAGAAAAGGGGGAGAGCAGGCGGGUGCAGAUGGUAGGGGAGAGGGGGGCGCAGGAGGGAAGGCAGUGCGGGAGGAAGGGGGCACAGUUGGGGGGAAAAGGGGGAAAGACAGUUGGGGGGGCAAGGGUUUGCGUGAGCGAGGGGUUCCGGGUAGGAGAGAAGAGAUUGAUGAGGGUGGAGCGGACAGACGUGGAGAGAAGGGAGGCGGUACGGGAAGAGAGGUGGCAGAAGCAGGAGGAGAAGCAGGAGGGGCAGCAGGUGGGCGGUUUGCGAGAAAGAGAAGGCGAGGAGACGCGGAUGAAGAUGCUGCGGCUGCCUGUGAAGCAAAAGGGCUGAGCGACCCCGGGAGACGAGAGGGACGCGACCCCGGGAGACGAGAGGGACGCGACAGCGCAGGAGCAGGAGGCGCAGACGGUGCGGCCGGUGAGGCAGAGCAGCAGCGGAGCAAGCGGGUUGCUGUGGAGAGGAAGGGCGGAGAGGAGAGCGCAGGUGUCGGGGGAAGGAGCCUGGUGGGGGACGGGGGGAGGGCGGGGAACAAACGGAGUGUGGCAGGAGGGGAGGCACAGAGAGAGCGCACGGCCACCCCCACCAAAGCCAAGGCGAAAUCUGCAGCAGCUGCUGCUGCCACCCGCCCUGUGCCUCCCCAGUCUCCUCGCUCUGCUGCUGUCCUCUCUCCUCCUCGUCCCACCCCCCGCCCUCCCCCCCGUCUCCCUCCUGCUUCUGCCCCUUCCGCUGCUGCUGCCGACCGCGCUGCAGCAGCCAUGGCUGCAGCGAGGAGCCUGGGAGGGGCGUUUGACUUGCCGCCUGAGGCGCCUGACACUCAAGGGUCGCCGGAGAGGGGCGUGAGGGGCGCACUGGAGUCAACCCAGCAGCCUCCAGGGAGGAGCCUCAAGGCCGCUGGGAGAGCGGGCAGCGACGAUGGGGGAAGGGGUGGAGAGGCGGGGAGAAGGGGAGGAGAGGAGGCGAGGGGGAAGGUGGGGAGGGCGGCAGGGGCGGCAGGCGUGGGGGCGAUAGUUAAGAUGGUGUUAGAGGCUGAGGCGAGGGGGGAUGGGUGGGGCGGUGGGAUGGGGGAGGGGGGUGCUCAUGGUGCUGAUGGUGCUGGUGGCAUGGAGAUAGAUAGGGGGGAGGAGGAGGAAAGAGGGAUGGGAGGGGAUGGGGAGCGGGAGGAGGAGAGGAUUGAUCUGGAGGAGGGAGAGGAGGAGAGUGUGGAAGUUGAAGAUGAUGAUGAGGAGGAGGAAUCUGAGGAGGAGGACGAGGGGGAUGAGGAGGAGGAGGGUGGCUUUGACAUGGACGGGGGGGCGGUGGCGGCGCUGGCAGCAGCGGGGAUUGACAUCAGCAUGCACGGCACCAGGAGCCUCUCAGAGGCUGACGUGGCAGCUGCUUGCCACCAGUACGGAGCAGCCUUCAUCAUGGCAUUGCUGCAGGAGGUCGCACGGGAGGCGUCGCACCGCCGCCACCUGCACUGGCCGGCCAUCGCCGCCCGCCUCUCCGCCAAGUACGGCUUCCCGGUCGCCAGCCUGGCGCUCUGCCAGCUGCUGUGGCGCUGGCUCGCCUACGGCCGCCCGUUUUCGCAGCUGGACGCGCUGCCCUCCGCGCCCUUGCUGGAGGAGGAGGAGAGCGAUCUGGAGGACGAGUUGGAGUAUCCCUUGGACACGUCACCGCACCUCAUCUCCGCUGCUGCAUCUUUUGUAAAGGCUGACCUGGCUGAUGCCGGCAUUUCGUAUGGCUGGUACCACUCAUGCCAUCCUGACAAGCCUGCCACGCAGCAGCAGGAGGGACGAGAGCAGCAGUGCAGGGAGCAGCAGCAGCAGGGAGAGCAGCAGCAGCGUCACAAGCAGCAGCAGCAGCAGCAGCACACGGAUGGAGCUGAUUCUGCUGUUCUUGCACAUGCCCAUUUCCAUGCCAAAGGCUUGCCCCCUUUCGAGGCUGCUGCUGUUGGCCCCGGCGGUCGAGGCAUAGCGGAGGAGGAAGAGGUGGGGGGGGAGGCGGGGGAAGGGCAGACGGCGAGGGCGGGGGAGAAAAGGGAAGGCGAGGGGGAGGAGGAAGGGGAGCAGGAGGCGAAGGGCGAGGCGGGGAAGGCAGCUGGUACGCGGCAUGGGAGUGGGGAGACGCUGGUGGGAGAUAAGGAUGGCACGGACGGAAGGGAUGAUGAUGGGGAUGGUGAUGGGGAUGACGAGGGGGCUGAGGAGGAGGAGGACGAGGAGGAGAACAAGCCGGUGGCUCGGCUGGUGGCUCCAGUCGCCUCAAAGCCUGCAGAGAGCGCAGGGAAGCCUGGUGGGGCGGGUAAGGAGCAAGCGAAGGGAGGGGAUGCAGCAGGAGCGGGUGGCAGCAGCGGGGGGGUGGCAGGGGCAGCAGGGGCGGCAGGGACUGCAGGGGCGGCAGGAGGGGGAGCGGAUGGUGAGGCGAAGAAGAAGCGCAAGGCGUGGACGCCAGAGGAGGACAAGCUGCUGCUGAAGGCGGUGGAGGUGUACGGCGAGGGGCAGUGGGGUCGCGUGCUCAAGAGCGACCUGGGGAUCGAGAGGAACGCCGCGCAACUGUCGCAGCGGUGGUACAUAUUGCGAAAGAAGUUUGAGAAGGAGGGAGUGCCGAUACCGGGGCGCAAGGCGAGGGAAGCGCGGGAAGCAGCAGCAAGGGAGGCUGCGGCAAAGGAAGCAGCAGCAAAGGAAGCGGCGGCGAGAGAGGCUGCUGCUAAGAAGGCUGCCGCUAGGGAGGCCGCUGCUAAAGAGGCCGCGGCGAAAGCAGAGGCAGCGGCCGCAGCAAAGGAAGCAGCGGUUAGAGUGGAGGCUGCUGCUGCUGCUAAGGCAGCAGAGGCCGGUGCAGGAGGGAUGGCUGGAGAUGGGUCUGGGGCAGCGAUGCCGCAGCAGCAGAAAGGGCAGCAGCCGCAGCAGCAGCAGCAGCCACAGCAGCAGCAGAGGGGAGCAGUGCCUGCAGGCUCUAGUGGUGGUUUGGGAGAAGGUGGGGUUGCGGGGGAGAGGAAGGAGAAGGAGAAGGGGAAUCAGCCGGUGCAGGGGCAGGGGCAGGCGGAUAUGCACUCCAAUCCUGUUAGGCAUGCACCAACGUUCUCUGGUGGUUACACUCACACCACACACUCUCUCCCGCCAACACACACACACUCCCUCACACCCCACACCAUGCACCCCUCCAUCCCCCCUAAGUACCCCCCAUCCACGUCAGCAUCCAGCCAAUGGGCUCAUAGAACCGGGUCUCCUGCAGUGCCAGGUGGCAGCGCAGGAUUGGCCCGUGGAGUGGGUGGUGGAGGAGCAGCAGGAAGGGGGGCGAAUGGGAGGGGUACAACUGGCAGGCUGACGUCAGCACAGGCAUGGGCACAGCACCAGCAGCAGCAGCACCAGCAGCACCUGCAGCAGCAGCAGCAGUUGCUGCAGCAACAGCAGCAGCAGCAGCAGAGGCGCCUGGCAAAUGCUAUGGGCCGAGGCCGGGGCUUUCCAGGAAACUCCCCAUUCACUUCCACAGCUGCUGCUACAGCUGCCGCCGUUGCUAAUGCUGCCAAAUCAGCUACAGCUGGCGGUUUCUCAGCCGGUGGGCUUUCGGGCGGCAGAGGAACUGUAGCAGGGGCGGCGGGGCGGACAGGAGUGGGAGGGGGUGUGAUGGGACGGAUGGGGGUUGGGAGAGGCAGAGGGGCGGGUAGCACUGGUGGCACAGCAGUCGCAGGCAGAGGGUCUAUGUCAGGCUCAGCAGGAGGAGCAGGGGGAGUGGGAGGAGGAGGAGGAGGGGUGGGCGGGGGUCCAAGGCCAGGCAUGGGCACACUAGGGCGUGCCUCCAUGCACCCCCACUCCUCCCAUCCCUCCCUCUCCUCCUCUCACUCCUCCCAUCCCUCCCUCUCUCACUCGCACCCACCUCUGGCCCCGGACCCACUAGUGCAGGCAGCAGCGGUGGCAGCAGGAGCAAGAAUCGCCCCUCCCUCAGCUGCUGCCUCUCUCAUGCAGGCAGCAGGAGGCAAGGCAGGGGCGCCCGUGGUGGUGCACCACAUCACCCGCUCGCCCCAUACGUAUGGCUCAGGCUCGGCAGCGGGUUCCGGGCCUGGCGGUGGAGGAAGAGGAGGGGUGGGGGGAGUGGGGAGAGGGGCAGGUUCGUCCAUGCCAGGUGUCCAGAGCUCAUUGGCUGGAAGCAGAACUGCAGGGCAAAGUGUUGCAUCAGGGCUGGCAGCAGCAGGGCCACAAGGAGGCACACCAGCAGGCACACAAGCAGGCGCCUCACAGGGUCAUGCAGCCACACAAGGUAGUGCAGGCCAGGGGGGAAGUGCGGGCAGUGCAACGGGCGUGGGGCAAGGGGGUGCAAGCAAGGGAGCAGCGCCUGCAUCAUCGGGAGUUCAUAUGGUGGCAGGAGACGUGGCAGUUUCCAAGUCAGUAUUGCCACACUCAAGGCCGCCAGGUACAGCUGCAACAGCUAAUGCUGCUGGUGCUGAUGGUGGUGUCGGUCAUGCUGCUGCUGCUGCUGCUUCCACAGCUGCUGCUGUGGCUGCUGUAGCUCCCAGCGUGAGACAAGCUACGCCGCCCGCACCAUUGCCAGCAGUGACUAAGCCAAAAGGACAACCCGAGGUCCAAUCUCAGGUGAAACCUCAGGUGCUUUCAGCAGCAAACCAGCAGCAGCACAAGCCUGGGCCUGCUGCAGCUACUGCAGCCUCUGGUAGCACCUCUGCACCCAGCAUUGCCCCCUCCGCUGCCCCUUCCAUGCCUGCGCCAGCAGCAGCAGCAGCAGCAGCAGCAGCAAGAGCAGCGGCUGCACCUUCUGUCAACUCUCCCAAACUUCCUUAAAAGCUCGUUCGACACAACCCACGAGUGAGAAAGCUUCGAAAUGUUGCCCUUUUCUUACCGGUACAUGGUAUGAGGUGCCUGGAAGCCACAGGGCCGCAUAGUCAAGUAGUACUGGAAGUGGCUGCAGCGGACAGAUGUGCUCGGAUGCGACCCAAGGCUUGUUUGGCGCCCACAGCUACCGCACUCGCUCUGAGACGCAUGGAGCAGCCCGCUGUACGCUCUGCAACUACUGGCACUGGCUGCAGCAGACAGACGGGCUCAGCUGCGCUUUCACUGAGACCUGAGACUUGAGACGCAGCUUGGCACGCACUGCUUCGUGUGUUGAGGUGCACCAAGCAAGCAGCCGACCACAUGGUCCGCAAGUGCUGGGAGGGCUGGCUGCAGCAAAGCGGACCCGCGAGUUUCGCUUUCACCUGCAACCUGAGAAGGCGGGCGCUUGGCUGCUCCUGCCCAUGGCAGCCGCGUGCUGCUCUUGCUCUCUCUGGCCUUCUGUUUUGAGGCUGUCUCUUUCAAAAGGAAUGUCAACAGGGGAGGACGGAGGCUCCUCUGGAGCGUUGAGCUUGGGCAGAGUGAGAGUGAGCAUGCCGUUGCUCAUGGCUGCGCUGAUCGCUUCCUUCAAAGUGUUCUCUGGCACCACCACCGUCACCUGCAAGCCAACGGCCAUACAGCAAUCAAAUUAUAGGCGAUCAGGGUCGCUUGCUUUACAUGAUGGUCUCUGGGGCAACGCCCUUGGAAGCACAGGUGGCUACCAACAGCCCUACUACAGUGACCAGCAAUUUGCGAGCGCGCAGCAGUGGGUGUGAAAAAGCAGCCAAGCAAGGGCGUCAAUCAAGGUACCUGGAAGAACUUGGAGACUUUCCAGGCAUCCUUCUCCCCUCCCUCGCCGCCCGUCCUCUCCCCUCCUUCGCCUUCCGUCCUCUCCAGGGAGUCCUCCCCCUCGCUGUCCCCCCGCUUCUGCACCUUGUGCUUCCUGUGAAUAAAACACACUCUCCCUCCAGCGUCACUGACACGUCCUCGGACAAACCUGCGCGCCACACACACCGUCAUUAAUGAGUCGUUAGGGCACCUCAAAGUCUUCACUGACCAGGGCUGAUUUUAUCAGAGUAAAUCACUCUGUUUCUCUGAAAAUCAGAGUCGUUUUUGGAAGUCACUC